AUGAAGAAGAAUGUGGACUUCCCAAGCCGUACACAGUGGAACACUAUUGUUUACAGCAACAUUGAAUUACAUCUUCAGUUAAGAAUGCACACCAGGGCACUACUUUAUCUCUUACUUCUAUCAUGGAUUAACAUGAUUCAAUCAGAUGGCGGACCAAGUCGAAUGAAUGAUUAUUUCUGUCCUCUCUGUUAUUCCGAACCAACUGAUGAUGUUUCAAGUUACAAGGAUGUUGUGGUCGUAACAUACAAUGUGGGCUAUUUACCAUAUCCUCUCACAUUCAUACCAAAAGAUAAUUGCCAUAUGACGAUAUACACCGCAGUCGUUGAGGAUAAUUUGGAUAUAUCAGUGAUAAAGUCGUCUACAUUUAAGUGUACUGACGUCACUAAAAGAACACACAAAAUUAGCUUCGAUGUCACGCUCUAUGCGCCACAAGAUAAUUGGCCAACAUCUCCGCAAAUACCCGCCAAUGAGUGGGGAGAAUACACCGAAUUGUUAGCGGAAUACAAUCUAAACGUCAUAUCCGGUUUUACGACUUUGGAGUGCACAUGGAAAAUUCCUUCUCUGAAUCCAUCAGUGAUUCCUUUGGUCGUCAACGCGACAGUAAAAGCUUUUCCUGAAGUUGUAAUUGAGGCUACGAGAGAUGACGUGUACAUAAGUAACGAGUUGACCUUGACCUGCGGUGCAUAUCACUUCAAUGUAUCGAGUAUACGAUGGUUCUAUAAUGACAAUCAAGUAGGAGAGUUUGGUGUAUUGGGAAUUACUUACUUUGGUUGUCUAUACAAAUACAGGGAUGUGGAGUACCACAUACCGUUUGUACUGGACGUCAACUACGAAGACAAGCAAGUCACAACUGGUACUUACAAAUGUGAGAUUACCAGUGACACAAAAAAAACGUAUUCAGGAGUUUAUCAGCUACAGACAGAAGAAUGUGAAAGCGGUUCAUAUGGACGGAAUUGUAGUGAAACAUGUGAAUGUCUAGACAACGGAAUCUGUGAUCCGGUCACUGGGAAUUGUACUUGCAUAGCAGAUUGGCACGGAAAGUAUUGUAAAGUUGAAGUAGCCAAUCAAUCAAAUAUGAUAGGCGUAAUAACAGGCGUAAUACUUGCUGCUUUUAUCGCAGUUUUGGUUAUCAUAAUUGUACUCAAGCGCCGUAAACCGAACGGAUCCGUCUACACCUCUGCAUCGGUCCGUCUUAUGAUGCUUGAAAAUAUUGCAAAAACAGACAACGAAAGUGUCGACGAUGCCAUGAUACAAGAUAUUACAAAGUGGAUAAUUAAAGCAUCUGAAUUGGAUAUCGGUGAUAAAAUUGGUGAAGGUGGAUUUGGGGAAGUUUAUAAAGCCCAAUAUAAGAAACUUGAAGUGAAGGAAAUUAAUGUUGCUGUCAAAAUGUUGAAAUCCUCCACUUCCAGAACUGAGGAGAAAGCGCUAUUAACGGAGGCUUAUAAUCACAUCAAACUAGGAGUACAUCCGAAUAUUGUAAAUUUACAUGGAAUAGUUGUUGACAGCGGUGCUCUGCAACUGGUGGUAGAAUUUGCCAAAGGGGGCGAUCUACUUGCUCAUUUACAACGUUUAGAAUUACAGAAAACAGUGAUGGAUAUGCCAAAAGAAGGGGAAUUUCUUAUGACCCUGGCAAUACACGUGGCACAGGGAUUAGAGUUUUUACAUCACAAGCAAGUUAUCCACAGAGAUAUAGCAGCACGUAAUGUGGUUAUUUACGGUGAUGGCAUCGGCAAAAUAUGUGAUCUGGGUUUAUCUAGAGAUGUGUACCAAUCUAUUUAUCGACGACCACCAUGUCCUCAAGACGACGAGCAGGAUAUACGACUACCAAUAAGAUGGAUGGCACCAGAAACUCUAGAGGGCGAUUUUGUUUACUCUCACAAGAGCGACAUGUGGUCUUUUGGUGUGUUGCUAUGGGAGAUAUCAUCUCUAGGCUGCCGUCCAUUCAAAGAUGUUAAGGCAGAGCAUAUAAUGGCCAUAAUUAAAACUGAAAAGCAGCGGCUGAAGAAAUACCCGGAGUGUCCUGAUGAAUUGUACAACCUCAUGAUUAGUUGCUGGCAGGAAGAAGCGAAGAACAGACCCCCUGCAGCGGUAAUGGUCAAACAACUGAAACGUCUUCAAAGUCAGCAGAAGGACUUUGUGAUUAUCAAUUAUAAUGGGGGAAAUUUAUACUAUGGUCUAUACUCCAUUAUACCUACCGACAACUCCAGAGGAGGCGCUCGUCGGUACAUGUAUAUUCUUGUAAUGUUGUUGGAACGAGCAGCGGAUUGCCGCUUCAAAGUUAAACAUCCUCUCAAAGGACAGUUCUGUAGAAAUGUGGGCAUAUCUGACAACUGUAAUUCUUGUCCGCGUGGUAAGUAUGGUACGCAAUGCACAACACUUGUAACUGUCUCAAUGGUGCUUCUUGCCACAGUUUCAAUGGAGCAUGUUUGUGUGCCCCCGGAUAGAGGGGUUUAUCAUGUGACCGAGGUCUUGAAAGACAGUUCAAUUACAAGUUUUGAUUUAAUUGAGAAUGUGUCAAUAUUCUUAAGACAGUGUAAUUUGGAGGACUUGUUGUAUCACAUACCAUUUGUAUCAGACGUGAACUACCGCGACAGAGAGAUCACAACUGAUAAUUACACGUGUGAGAUCACUAGUGACCAGGGACAAAUCUAUUCUGGAAUAUACGAACUACAGACAGAAGAAUGCCCACCCGGGAUGUGGGGACCAGUCUGCGAGUGGAACUGCGCAUGUUCGGUUAACUCUUCUUGUGAACGAGAUAGCGGAUGUCUGUGUUUUGCAGGACUUAUGGGUAACACUUGUGAUACAGUCUGUGUUGGUUCGUAUGGACGGAAUUGCAGUGAAACAUGCGAAUGUCUGAACAACGGAAUCUGUGAUCCGGUCACUGGAAAUUGUACUUGCAAAGAUGGGUGGGAGGGCGAUGACUGUGGAAGUACUCCUCCCCCUCCUUUUCAGAUUGGUGAAUCCUCGAAAGAGUUAAUAAUAGCAGGCAUAGUAAUUGGUGUAAUUGCCGCAUUGGUAGUUAUUUUGGUUGUUAUCAUAGUCCCAUUGAAACGACGUCAACUAAAAGGAUCAGCAUAUUCUUCUGCAUCUGAUCGUCUGUUGAUGCUCGAAAAUAGAAUGGCAGACAAUGAUAGUUUCGACGAUGUCAUGAUAGAGGAUUUUACAAAAUGGAUUGUCAAAGCAUCUGAAUUAGAUAUCGGUACUGCUGUAACAUCCUCUGCAAUAUGCGUUUCAGUCAUUACUGCUAAAGUUAACAACGUUCUUGGUACUGCUGAUUUAAUUUCAUUGACUGUGGUGGAAUCGUUGGUUUUCACUGCGGUGAUCGUGGUCGUGUUUAUUGGUAUACUCGUGGGCACGGAUAUGUCAUCAGGAGUAUGUGUUAUUAGUGAGAUCGUUGAUCCCUUAGUAAACGAUUUCUUUGUUAAUUUUCAUGUGACCCUGAGUCUUGAGUACGCACUGCUGCCACGCGCUGGGGUGCAUUCAUUCGUGAUUGUGGUGAUGGAGAUGGAGGGUUUUCGACGAUCUACACCAUUCAUGAUACUAUUACUAGCCAUUUUCUGUAUUCAAGUACUGAAGAGUCAAGACCCAUGCGCAUAUGGUGACCUUUACGGCAGAUCCCUGGUGUUUGAAUCCGCUGCCAAUAACUUCGUGAUGCUUCGCACGUCCUCUGAUGACAUCACGGAAUUCACCAUCUGCAUGUGGAUAAGAGUUGGCGAGAAUGAUACGCUGGCAAUUAGAACAACUAAUCACCCCACACCUACUUCAUAUGAGACUACUAAAGAUUCAUCAGUAAACACAACAAUAGAGGAUGUUUCAUCGAAAAGUGAUGCGGAAAUGCCAAAAAGGACACCACAAACAACUGGGCCACCUACAAAAGCAUUAAUUGGAGCCGAUAAACAGGCAUCGAAUGGAAAGCUUACACAAGCAUUGAGUGGAUAUUGGAUGAAAGCGUCCACUGGUGCGUCAGUGAAUGCAUCAAUGGGAAAUCUUAUGAAAUCGCCUCUUAAAACACCCACAUCUCCAACAAACGCAUUAGUCAGAACGCCAAUGAAAACAUCACCUCAUACGCAUACAGAAGCAUCACCUGGAACUCACACCGAUGCACCAAUUAGAACUCUCAAACGAUCAUCACCCAGAACACCCACAGAAACAUAUAGAGCUUCGAUGGAAGCAUCAAUUAGAACUGUUAUAGAUUCAAUUACUACAACUCCUAAAACACCUACAAAAUCACCACUAGAGCUUUCGAUGAAAGAAUCAAUUGGAACUGUUAUAGAAUCAUCACCUACAACACCUACAAAAUCACCAUCUAGAGUUUCGAUGGAAGAAUCAAUUGGAACUAUUAUAGAAUCAUCACCUACAACACCUACAAAAUCACCAUCUAGAGCUUCGAUGAAAGAAUCAAUUGGAACUGUUAUAGAAUCAUCACCUACAACACCUACAAAAUCACCACCUAAAGUUUUGAUGAAAGAAUCAAUUGGAACUGUUAUAGAAUCAUCACCUACAACACCUACAAAAUCACCAUCUAGAGCUUUGAUGAAAGAAUCAAUUGGAACUGUUAUAGAAUCAUCACCUGCAACACCUACAAAAUCACCAUCUAGAGCUUUCGAUGAAAGAAUCAAUUGGAACUGUUAUAGAAUCAUCACUUACAACACCUACAAAAUCACCAUCUAG